AUUGCAAUAACAUGCUGUGAAAAUAAAAGUCCAACAAAUAUAGUUGGUCAACAACCAAUAUUUUUUCACUCAUUUAGGAUGUGCUGGAUCCAAAUAUCACAGUAGUCAAACUUUUAACUAUACCACAAAUUUUUGUUUGUUUGUAAAGCUAUUUUCGGUUUAGUGUCGGGGUCUCACACUGGCAGCCCGUGGGAAAUUUGCGGCACACGAGACUCUGCCUCCAGCGGCCCCAACGUAAAUUGAGUCUGAGACCCCUGCUUUUUAAGCGGAGGUUCAUGCACUAAAUUUUUAACGAUGCUGUAACAAAUCAAUAUCUAUUGUUCAAUUUUCAGUAAGCAAAAUUUGUAACAUUUGAUUGAGAGACUGUUAACAAUUUGGGAUGAAAACCUGACCGAAACAAGAGAAACAUCAUUAUUCUGAUGUUGUGCAAAAUUGUCAUAAAUUUGUUGGGGGAAAAAAAAAGCAGACAACUAACAAAACAAAAUGAAACCCACUUUAUUACAUGGAUGUCUACGCUAUGGAUUUUAAAUACUUGUAUAAAUAACAUAGCUGUUAUCAUUCAACCAUUCAAGUAGAUUGUCCCAGCAUUGCACCCAAUUUAAUUCCAAUUUAAUUAAUUGAGUUAAUUAGGGUAGAAAGUUGCCUUUAAAAUUUUGUUUGCUUUGAAAUCAAUCUACUUAUUGUAAAUGAUGCAAUAAUAAUUCUUUUUUUUUUUUAAAUCAUGAAUAAAAAGAAACAAUCCCUGAGACCAGUCCACUUCUGAGAGACACUAGACCACGCUAUAGGACUCCACCAAAAGAAGAUCUGUACAAAUCUAGUGUUGCAUUUCAAAACAUCAUCUGAAAUCCCCACAUUUCACUGUCACUACCCCACAUUUAUAAAUAAACAAAUGAAAAUAAUUCUUUAGGUAUCACAAGACCAGUCCAGUCCAAUUGUGGAGGACAAUAGGCCAUCCCAGCAUGUGCACAGAUGAUACUGGGGAUGGGGGAUAUAUUCAUAAUGUUGAGGUUGCUUGGUUUCCCCAAUGUAUGUAUUUGUGUAUACCUCCCUGCCCAUGACAACAUACAACAGAUUGCUCUUCAGUGUGCGUGGAGUCCAGUAUUUGUGGUGUACCAUCUUUUGUCUCAGGGUGUUAGCAGGUUUGAACUGGACCGUAAUGUUGUCCAUCCAUCUAUUUUCCAUAAGUUGCAAUGCCUUUCAUUGGUUCAUAUCUUCUGGUGUCUGUAACGAGUGAAAAUGCUGAGUAGCAAGUAACUCUGGGAAACCACUAGUCACAGUGGGUGGUGAGGAAAGGAGUUCAUGUCAAACCCUGGUAGCAAUUGUGUUUUGUGAGCUCGAGAAGACAUAAGAUGUGAUGUGAAGUGAGGGGUUGAUGAUGGGUUGCAAUUGGAGGGAGGAUGUCUCACUGGGUAACGGUCUUUCUGUCGGAAGAGCGAUACAAGUUGAUGUGCGAGCAGAGACAUUGAGUAAAUAUUGAGUCAAGAAUGGAACACCGCAGGGGUGUGUGGUUUUCUCUGACUGUGAAUGGUCAUUGAUUAUUGAUGACGAGCUUCAUGGAGGAGAGGCCAAAAUCCAAAACAUAAGUGAGAAAAUACAAGACAGAAUCAGGUGAGUGGAGGACUGGAGUGUCAUGAGGGUUUCAGUUCCCAGUACAAAAACCUGAAUGAAUGUUAUCUCCAAGAAAGCGAGUCAGGGAAGAGUCGAGGAUGGAAAUGAAUUUUGAGCAAGUAGAGAGUGUGCUGUGCUUUGAUUCUAGAGGGGAUUCAGAAGUCCUCCAAACUACCACACAAUGGGGGCGGAGUCUACUCAUCGGGGUCAUCAGGAUUUGAGCAGGGUUGGGUUGGUGGACUUCAGCCUCAUACAGAACCAACAUUUACAUGGCGUCGACAACUUGCUUGAGUGUCUUCGUAAGCUUGCUGGUCGUCUUCAUCUGGACAUCACUGGCCUCAGUCUUCCUGGAUCCAGAUGAAGCACGCAAUGUCCUGGUGCGUACUCGGAGGUUCAACUCGGGUUGGUUGGAGGAGCUGCAGAAGGGCGAUCUGAAGAGGGAAUGUCUGGAGGAGAAAUGCACAUAUGAGGAAGCCCGGGAGGUGUUUGAGCAUCAAGUGGCCACGGAUGAGUUCUGGAAGACAUACAACAUUCCAGACAGCUGUGAGUCAAGUCCGUGCUUGAACGGGGGAAGCUGCUCGGUCUUGGCCGAGUCUUACAACUGCCUGUGUCCACCGCACUUCAGUGGCCUCAACUGUGAGCACGAUGAUCGGGUGGGGCCAGACACAUGCCUGCUAGAGAAUGGAGGCUGUGAGCACUUCUGUGAUGGAGACGAGAGGGGCGUAAGACUCAACUGCUCCUGUGCAAAUGGAUACUCCCUGAACACCGACGGCCGGACCUGCAUGGCCAAAGACUCAAUACCGUGCGGCGUGACCCUAGCCCCCCAGGAUCCAAACAGAGCCAACCAGCUUGACCCUCGGGCUCGGAUUGUGAGUGGAAAUGAGUGUCCCAAAGGUGAAUGCCCCUGGCAGGUGUUGCUGGUUUAUAAAGGCAAUGGUUUCUGUGGCGGAGUAAUCAUUGAACCCAUGUGGAUCCUCACAGCAUCUCACUGCCUCGAGGAUGCUGACAUCCAAUUUCUAAAUGUGGUUGCAGGUGAGCACAACACUCAAGUGGAGGAGGGAACAGAGCAGGUCAUCCAGGUGUCUGAAAUCCUCAUGCAUGAGCUCUACGAAAAGAAGACAGCUGACAAUGACAUCGCCCUGCUGCGACUGGCCUCACCCGUGGUAUACACGCCAUACGCCGUCCCGGUCUGCCUGCCCACAAAGACUUUGGCUGAUCGUGAUCUGUGGGCCAUCAGAAUGCACACAGUGAGCGGUUGGGGGCGGCGAGCCGAAAACGGCCCCACCUCACAUUUGCUGCGCCGCCUCACGGUGCCUCGCAUACGUACGCAGCAGUGCGUCCAGGAAAGUGGCGUGCAGCUCACAGAAAACAUGUUUUGCGCCGGAUACCUUACGGGACGGGGGGAUUCGUGUAAAGGCGACAGUGGCGGGUCCCUGGUGACACAGUACAAGAACACCACGUUCCUGCUGGGCAUUGUGAGCUGGGGGAAAGGCUGCUCACGGCCGGGGCACUACGGCAUCUAUACGCGGGUCUCCAACUACCUGAAAUGGAUACACAACCACACUGCCUCACUACUACAAGUCAUAAACAGCACACAACUUCCGUUGUACAACCUAACCAACUGAGCGCUUACGUUAGUUCCCGCCUUUAUCAUUUCACAUUUUUAUCAUGCACAAAAGCAUUUUUACUCUCUCCUGUUUUUAGUCAGCAGUCAAAAAAAGACAUUUUAAGACCAUUCAUUCAUUUUCCUAAAAAUUUACAGAAAUUCUAAGCAUAUUUAUGGUUUACUGCUUUUGUUUUUCUUCUGUGGAGCCUGCCUGGAGUUCCCUGCUGAAAACCUCACCGAGACCAUUUAUGAUUUUUAUGAUCUUUCUGAAAUGCUCCAAGAUGCCACGAGAUCGGUUCUGGCAUAUGUCAAAUAUGUGGCCACAAU